AUGGCGGUGGCCGCCCUGGCCCAUGCCCUGAUGCCUAGCGCGGCGGUCCUGGCGAAAUGUCCAGCUGCGGGGCUGGAUAGGAAUCCGUCGGCAAAGUCAGAAGUGUUGAUCUUCGGCAAAGGCAGUGCUGAAGAGCGGCUGUGCUUCGCAGCUUGCCCAAGGCCUUCCACUAAGCCCCCUGGCGCGGAUACCUGGGCGCCGGGGGCGCCCGGGACGACGAUAGAGAAGGGACCUCAGUUUACCCCAGCAACCUCGAGCUCACACCUGCUGAACCACUUUGCCAUGGCUUCUGCACCGUGCCUUCAGUACAGAGAGGGGUCCUUCCCGGUCCUGUUGGUGGCCCCCCAUGCCACUGCCGAACUGGAAGAGGUUGGACCUUUCAUCCAAGGAUGGCCAGAGAACAAGUUGGAGGUGGCGGAAGAAAUGAACGAAUGGCAUGAUGUGGGCAGCGGAGAAGCUUUCGAAGCAGCGUGUCGCAAGCUUGGAGCACCUGGCUUUCGGCCGGUGCUUCCCAGGGGCCUGGUGGACUUGAACCGCGGUUGGAAAGGACGAGCAAAAGAUGAACAAGAGACACUCUUUAGCAAAGGGGCCAUUAGCGCCUGGGGCCUUCAACAUCUCAAUCCCGAUGCUUUGGACCCCUUGGAGCAGCGCUAUCGUGGUGCCCUGGAACAGCUUCGUAAGGCCUCCCAAAAUUUGAAGGGUUUUGUGGAGAUGCACAGCUACGGUGACUUGGGCUCCACUUAUGACUUGCAAAACGGGGGGCGUCCCCUGCGCCGCUCAGAGGCUGCGGUUGUGGUGUCAACCCCCUGGGCCAGCCAGCAGCCAGUCGGCUUGGCCCGGCUGCUGCCAGGGGAUCUCAGGGGAACACCGAAGAAAUUGGAGAGGCUGGUGGAUCUGGAGCUGGAAAAGCAAGGCUUCAAGUUGGGCCCUAGCCCUUACCCGAUCCAGGGCCCCUGGGCUUUAGGUAUCAGAUACUUGGCAGCUCGUUGGUUUCAAUGGUUGGCGGAGAAGGGGCAUUUGCCCAUGGAGACAGCUGAACACCUGGCCAUGUUGGCAUGGGUCAAUGAACAGGAUGCCGAGGCAGAAGCCGUGGCAACGGGCAAGGUGCCCGAGCAUGGCAAGCUGUGUGGCAUCAGGGACCUUGCAGUCAAGAUGGGAGAGUGGUCACAUUCUGCCAGCGAUUUGGGAGAAGUUUUUCAGCGCGAGGCCAAGUGCUUUACCUUGGUCAUCGAAAUGCGCUGUGAUUUAGCACCAAGGGCAGAGGCGUUUGGCCUCGCCAUAGCAGAGGCGUUGCACAAGUACAGCGCAGAGGAUUAAGAUGUCCUUAGAUGAUGUCCUUCCUGUUCGCACAGGACGUGAUUCAGUGAUCCUUCGAGAACUUCGAGCUUAAAAC